AUGAAGAUUCCGCCAACGCCACCGCCACCGCCACCGCCACCGGCGAUGAUGAUGGCUAAGUCCACAACAGCAACAGCGAAGGCAAGGGCGAUGACGGCGACCCCUUCUCCUCCUCCUCCUCCUCCUCCGCUGCCGACACCCUCCGUGCAGCCAGCUGCCAGGGCUUUUCCUGUGCUUGGUAACCCCCCUCCUGCACCGCCACCGCCACCGCCGCCGCCGCCAGCGAAGAGCGCCGUCACACGGCCGCCGCCAAAGACGGCGGAGCUUAGACCGGCCCCCAAGGUGGCGCCGAAGAGCAACUUGGAUACACUGUCUUCCCUUCUUGCAAAUCGCCGGAGGGGCAUUCUCGGAAUGCACUCGGACGAGGAUGAGGACGAGGUACCCCCGUCUGCCCCCUCAAAGGGCAUUCGGGCCACCAAGGAAUCAGCUCCCCAAGUGGCCGCGGCACCGCCACCCCCUGCUGUAAAGGCAGCCCUGCCCCCACCUCCACCACCGCCAGUGCCGGGUAAGGUUCCCCCGAGGCUCAUGGACGACGAGGAUGAUGAUUGGUAG